AUGGCCAACAUCAACAAUGAAAGAACCUUGAAUACAGACUAUAUCAAGAGACUACAGAGCCUGGACAACUUUGUCAUGGUGAAAUUUGAGAAUGACACAAUGGUUCAACCUAUCGAAUCUGAAUGGUUCGGAUUUUACAAGACAGGCCAAUCAGUGGAGAUCGAAAGUUUGCAAGAAUCAGAUUUAUACGUCGAUGAUCGCCUAGGAUUGCAGAAGAUGGACAAUGAUUCGAAACUGCAUUUUCUUGCUGUUGAAGGAAAUCAUUUGAGAUUUGAGUGGCCUUGGUUUGAAGAGAACAUCAUUAACCGUUUCCUAAAGAACUAG